CACUGCACUCCAGUCUGGAGACAGAUUGAGACUCUGUUUCAAAAAACAAAAAACAAAAACAAAAGAAUAAAUGAUUAGUUGAUAAACUAUGCAUUAUUUCGUGUAAUAUUAGAAAUACAAUGAAGAACUGUGUUUCUCUGCAUAAAACUUUUAAGUACGUAUUUUAUAAUCUGUUACAAAAUAGUUGGGUGGAAAAACUCCCACCAUAUACAAAAUGAAAAGGCAAAUGACAACCUGGGAAAAAUGUUUGCAAAACAUAUGCAAAGAUUUCAUAUUCUCAAUAGAGAAAAAAGUCUUACAGAUCAACAGGAAGGAUAUAAAUGCUGCAAUAAAAGACGUGAACAUGCAAUUAACAAAAGAAAUUCAAAUUGCCAGCAAAUAUUAAAAAUGUUUAGAAUUACUAUCAACCAAAGAAAUGCAAAUUAAACAAUACUUUUUUUUCCUUUUAAAUUGGCAAUGGUUAAAAUGUUUCUAUCUUCUAGAUGAACUAUUUUCUGAACACCAGAAUUCAGCACAGCACCUGGCACCAAACAGGAUCGACAAUCAUUUAAUAAGUAAAUGAAUGAGUGAUGUCCAUGCAACCUAGACAUGACUGACAUUCACCCUUUUAUUUCUUUCUCUCUUGAGAAGGGAUCUCACUCUGUCACCCAGGCUGGAGUGCAGUGGCCUGUCAUGGCUCACUGCAGUCUCAAAUUCCUGGGUUCAAGUGAUACUCAGCUUCCUGAGUAGCUGGGACUACAGGAGUGCACCACCACACCUAGCUAUAUUACAAUUAUUUUUGUAGAGAGGAGGUCUUGCUCUGUUGACCAGUCUGGACUCAAACUCCUGACCUCAAGUGAUCCUUCUGCGACUUGGCCUCCCAAAGUGCUGGGAUUACAGAUGUGAGCCACUUCGCCCAGCCCACUGUUUUAUUUUUGUGAGUAUAUUGUGGGUUUAUAUUUAUAAAUUGGGUGGGGAGAAGAUCCCCUUUCUUCUUGAGAUCGUUUACCUUUCUUGCUUAGAAAGAUAAAUAAAUGGUUUGAAAGUGCUUAUUGGGGGGUAGUUUUUUUUUUUUUUUUUAAUGGAAAGUGACUCAAAAGUGAAGUCUCAGUUCAAGACUUUUUUUUUUUAAGUCUUACUCAUAAGGAAGUGAGUAUGAGGUGAAUUGCAUUAACCUAAAGUACUGCAGAGAUGAAACUUAAAGCAGGAAGCAACAUACCAUGAAUGUACUGGAAGGGAACACAUUUGUGUCAUGUGAAGAGACAUGACAAAAACAGCCCUCCUUAAAUUAUUUGUGGCAAUAGUGAUCACAUUCAUUUUAAUUUUGCCGGAAUAUUUCAAGACACCGAAAGAAAGAACAUUGGAGCUAUCAUGUCUGGAAGUGUGUUUGCAAUCUAAUUUUACCUAUUCACUCUCCUCCUUAAAUUUUUCUUUUGUGACUUUUCUGCAACCAAUAAGGGAAACUCAGAUUAUCAUGAGAAUCUUUCUAAAUCCCUCCAAUUUUCAUAACUCCACCAGGACUUGCCAAGACAUCACAGGCGAAUUUAAAAUGUGCUCCUCGUGUUUGGUUUGUGAGUCUAAAGGAAACAUGGAUUUUAUUUCUCAGGAACAAACAUCAAAAGUUCUUAUCAGGAGAGGAUCAAGGGAAGUGAAAGCAAAUGAUUUUCAUUCACCUUGUCAGCGCUUUAACUUCACUGUAGCUCCUCUGGUUGACCACUUGGAGGAAUAUAACACUACCUGUCAUCUAAAAAACCACACUGGAAGAUCAACAAUCAUGGAGGAUGAGCCAAGCAAGGAGAAAUCUAUAAACUACACUUGUAGAAUCAUGGAAUACCCAAAUGAUUGUAUACACAUUUCUUUAUACCUAGAGAUGGAUAUACAAAAUAUCACUUGUUCCAUGAAGAUCACUUGGUAUAUUUUAGUUCUAUUAGUUUUUAUAUUUUUGAUCAUCCUUACUAUCCACAAAAUACUUGAAGGCCACAGAAGAGUGCAGAAGUGGCAGAGUCAGAGACACAAACCUGCAUCUGUUCUCUUAAGAGGAAGUGAUUCGGAGAAACUGAGAGCAUUGAAUGUGCAGGUUAUUUCAGCAGAGACCACGCAGAGGCUGCCUUUGGAUCAAGUCCAGGAAGUGCUUCCCCCAAUACCAGAACUAUAAGUUACUUCCACAGUGCAUCAGUGAGAUCAAUAUAUACGAAUAUCCCUGGGCAACUUGGACUGAGCCCUCUGAAGAAUACUCAUAAUUUUAUUUUGUGUACGAGUAGACUGGAAAAUGUUUGUGUCCAGCCGAAGAUGCACAGUUGGAAAGCAGGAGGAAUGCUGACUGGUUGAUGAAAACUGGCUUAAGAGCAUUCAUUUGACCCAUGAGAUCAAGGGAACAAGAGUGUUUGCAAGAAGCCAUUAUGAGUCAUGGAAAAAAAGAUGAUGAAACCCAUGGAAACAGCAAGAGAAUUCCUACUCUCUCUCUUCUUAAAAAAAAAUCUAUCAUUAUACAGCACAGAAUGGAGUCAAGAUUUUAAUUUUGAGGAACCAAAAACAGGAUCAAAUAUGAAAACCCUUUCUUUUAUUGGGCCACAUUGUAGAUGCUGAUUUGAUAAUUUUUUCCUAUGCAGAUAGAUUAUUUUUAUUUCACAUUAUUUAAGAGGGUCUGGUUGUUUGUUUAUAUGUUUGUUUGCAUUUAUGAAUCUUGCUGCCUUUUGGCACCAGGAUGUUUUUAAAAAAAUUCAAAGAGUCUGGGCGCGGUGGCUCAUGCCUGUAAUCCCAGCACUUUGGGAGCCUGAGGUGGGAGGAUCAUGAGGUCAAGAGAUUGAGACCAUCCUGGCCAACAUGGUGAAACCCUGUCCUACUAAAAAUACAAAAAUUAGCUGGGUGUGGUGGUGCGCGCCUGUAGUCUCAGCUCCUCAGGAGGCUGAGGCAGGAGAAUUGCUUGAACCUGGCAGGUGGAGUUUGCAGUGAACCAAGAUCACGCCACUGCAUUCCAGCCGGGCGCAGAGCAAGACUCUGUCUCAAAAAAAAAAAAAAAAAAAAAAAAAAAAUCGAAGAUACCAAAAUAAAACGAAUUUAAAUAAAAUACUUAAGUACUUAAAUCUAAUAGCAAAAUGUUUCCUUUGAUUCUUUUGGCUUUCAUAUUUGUUAUAGCCAUUAUUAAUGUCAAGCAUAAUUAUAGUUAUUAAUGACAAUAAAAAAGCACAUAUAGACAAGAGGGCAGCUCUUAACAUUAAAAUAUAAACAUGCUUUUCCAGAGUUAAGAUGGAACUUAAUCUCCUGGCCAUCAUUAUAUGGUUAUAAUUGCUUAUCUGAGUUGAUUUAGAGGGUUAACUGCAGGGUCAGAUUUAAUAAUCAGUGACGGGGUUGAGGACAUGCUGCCCAAAAAUAUGGCACCUUGGCAAAUUGAAUUUUUUAAGCUGAAGGAUUUGAGAAAAUGGCAAAUUUCAAGUGGAAAUAUUACUCUGACCUUCCUUUGCCACCUUUCUCCCCGGAAGCAGGUAAUAAAACCUUUGCUGACCUUCCUCUAAAACACAUCAUAGGACCUUCAUGUGAGAGGUGCUCUUCCUAUAUCCACAGAGGAAAGGUGGUUCCCUGUCUCCCAAGACACAGAGACACAGAGGAGAAUCUGAGCAAAUGGGCUCUGCUAAGUUUCCCUCCAUUUAUUCCUAUUAGACCUAGUACUCUUUUUGCCUGAUCAUAUUUCUGCAAGUCUCUCUCCAUUCUUCAUCAAACCUACUACUAAAAACACUCAAGUGUAACUGUUUCCUCUGAUCUUCACUUCCUAAGGAUGGCCCUUGUGUUACGUAGAACUUGUUUAAAUAAAUCAAUAUGUUUUUCUCUGUUUAA